AUGAGUCUCAGUCUGAUCCCUGCAAUGGACACAGCGCUGGGGAAGCCUCGGGAGGUGUUCCACUUGGACCCAGACUCUGGAGGGUGUGAGAGUCGCCUCUGUGCCUCCCUGAGCCUCACCUCCUCCACCUGGGCCGCUCUGUCGGACGGGACGGGCCGCCUCCUCCUGCUGCGCACGGGCCAGAGGGGGGCCGCCUCACACCAGUGGGAGGUCAGUGGGAGGGGCCGCCUCACACCAGUGGGAGGUCAGUGGGAGGGGCCGCCUCACACCAGUGGGAGGUCAGUGGGAGGGGUCGCCUCACACCAGUGGGAGGUCAGUGGGAGGGGUCGCCUCACACCAGUGGGAGGUCAGUGGGAGGGGUCGCCUCACACCAGUGGGAUGUCAGUGGGAGGGGUCGCCUCACACCGGUGGGAUGUCAGUGGGAGGGGUCGCCUCACACCAGUGGGAUGUCAGUGGGAGGGGUCGCCUCACACCAGUGGGAUGUCAGUGGGAGGGGUCGCCUCACACCAGUGGGAGCUCGGCUGCGUUCUGACCAAUCAGAAGGCAGCGCUCUGGCCAAUCAGAGGGCAGCGCUCUGGCCAAUCAAAAGGCAGGGCUCUGGCCAAUCAGGGCAGCGCUCUGGCCAAUCAGAGGGCAGCGCUCUGGCCAAUCAGGGGGCAGCGCUCUGGCCAAUCAGGGGGCAGCGCUCUGGCCAAUCGGGGGGCACCGCUCUGGCCAAUCGGGGGGCACCGCUCUGGCCAAUCGGGGGGCACCGCUCUGGCCAAUCGGAGGGCAGCGCUCUGGCCAAUCAGAGGGCAGCGCUCUGGCCAAUCAGAGGGCACCGCUCUGGCCAAUCAGAGGGCAGCGCUCCGACCAAUCAGAUAA